CAGAGCGGCGUGACGGGAAUUUCAUACUUUGAAAAUAGCAGAAUUUCAAUUAAACAUAACAAAGAACUCUGGAAUGUGGCGAAAUUUGAUUGUUUUUAUCGUAAUAGUGACAUUAACAAAUGCUCUACACGAUUUUCCACAAUCCUCUCUUGUUCUAAGUAAAGAUGUGAAAUCCUAUUUAAAUGGGAUUUCAGCUACGGAAUGGAAAGAAUUUGCUGACUCUGGAAUCGAUGCUGUAGACAGACAAAAAAGGCUAGAAAAGAGUCUCUUGAGCUCCGGCAUUACGGUUCAAAAUGGCAGUCUAUCUCAUAUUCAGUUGCUAGAUUCUUUGCCAAGCCAAGAUUCUAAGCGAGACAGCGAGAUUGCCCUGAAGAUUCUGAGGUCGAGUCUUUUCGUGUACAAUGCUAAAUGUGUUCCAAAUGGAAUUGAAAAUGACGAGUGUCGCACAUUUUUGGAGAUAAAGUCAGUACCCUCGAGCAGUGAGCUGUGGUCUGAGUGCCAACGAAUCGUAAAAGGUCAACGUGAUGGUCACCGCCCCUUUCGACGUUUGAUGGCUCCCCACUAUAAGAAUGGCUUACAGGAGAUGUUUCCUGAAGAUCGACUUCCAGAACCCUGGCCCGUCAGUAUGGCCCUUUAUGAUCGUGAAACAAGAGGCACUAAGAGCAAACAGUCCAGUGAGGAGGACACCCAAAAUCUUUCGCUAGUGCAAUGGGCGCAGUUCGUGGAGCAUGAUCUCAGCAAGCCAGUUGUGACAUCAAUGAACGACGGGUGGCCCAUCGAGUGCUGCAAUCCUAACCAAAAGAACUUACUACCCCGUCAUCAUCAUCCAGCAUGUGCACCUAUUCUCUCUAAAAUCGCUAAUCCCAAGUAUGGCUGGCGUACCUGUCUAAACUAUGUUCGAAGUGCUCUGGCAGUGGGUGAGAACUGCAAUUUUGGGGCCGCACAGCAGCUGAAUCAGGCAACAGGUUGUUUGGAUCUCUCCCAAUUGUAUGGAUUUACGACUGCAGCGCAAGAGAAAAUGCGCACAUUUAGUCACGGAAAACUCAAAUCCACAACUACAAUGGGAACGCAUUUGAAUGAUCUGCUUCCCAUGUCCACAGAUGCCAAUGAACACACCUUCUGCACCACUUCUAAUGCAUCUACAUGCUUCAUGGCGGGCGAUUCGCGGGUGAACAGAAGUCCAUACUCGAUUUUAGCAUAUACACUCUUUAUGCGCAAUCACAAUCGUGUUGCUGCAGAGCUAGGGUCCAAUAAUCCCAGCUGGAGCGAUGAGCAACUCUUUCAAGCAGCUAAGUCGGUUAAUGUGGAUACUUACCGUCACAUCAUUACGAAUGAGUGGCUACCAGUAGUCCUGGGCACACAAUUGGCUGCAGAGGUCCAAUCCAAAACAGAAAGCCCGACUCCACAAGAGCAUCUUUCCGAAGUAUACAAUGAGUUUGGUGUGGCUGCCAUUCGUUUCUAUUUCUCAAUGUUACCAAAUGUUCUACACAACAAUGUCAAUGCCGAUGCAGACUUUAAUUUCGUCAGAACCGAUAUUCUCCAAAUCCUAUUUGCCCUCAAAGAGGAAAUCUACAAGCCACGCUUGCAAUACACAGCUGGUAAACUCAACGACAUCCUACAAAGUCUACUCCAUCAACGGGCCAUGAAAAUGGACGCCUCUUAUGUGAGCGAUCUUGUGUGGCACGAAGCUAUCGGUACUAAGCCCACUCAUGCAGAUGUUCUUGCCUUUGAUAUACAGCGUGGACGCGAUCAUGGACUUCAACCCUAUUUCAAGUAUCUGGAAGUAUGCAAGAACAUAAAAAUCAACAACUGGAAAGAUUUCGAAAGAUUUAUUCCCAAAGACCAUGUGGAUAAACUGAAAGAUAUCUAUGAAAGUUGGGAAGAUGUGGAUCUUAUAGUUGGUGGUAUUUCUGAGCGGACAAAUGAUGGAACAGUCGGUCCCACUUUCAGUUGUAUUUUAGCUGAACAGUUUUCGAAAACUUUGCAAUGUCAAAAACACCAGCACCAACAGGAGAACCCAAUUUUGCAACAAUCUUACGGCAAGAUAAAUGGCAGCCGAUUCUUGUGUUUAAACUCAAUGCUUACGGCGGUUCCACAGAAUAUCUUCCGAUUGCCAUCCGAAAGAAAUCCCCUAAUUGAUUGUGACGAUCAAGUCUAAAAUAUUUACAAUGUGUAAUGCAAAUGGAGAAACGUAUGGACCACAAGAGUCGAAUUUAGAUUAAGUUCCUAAGCCUUAAAAGGCGACAAAUUGUCUGAACAACCUGUACGUUUGCAGAGUUCGUAUACAAAAUAAAAUAAUCUAUGAAAAUGCCAGUUUAUAAACAA